AUGGCUGAACCACAAUCCGCCGAUCAAAGAACCCCAGCUUCAACUGCUGCCAGACGUACCCCAGGAGGUGACCGUAGAACCAACGACCGUCGUGGUGGUGCUCCACAACGUGGUGGUGCCCGUCCACAACGUGGUGGUCGUGGUGGUGACGACAAGAAGUGGACCCCAGUUACUAAACUCGGUCGUCUUGUGAACUUGGGUCUCAUCAAAGACAUCCAUGACAUUUACAUGUUCUCUUUGCCAAUCAAAGAGCAUCAAAUCGUCGAUCGUUUCCUUACCCUCAAGGACGAAGUCAUGAAGAUCAUGCCAGUUCAAAAGCAAACCCGUGCCGGUCAACGUACCCGUUUCAAAGCCUUCGUCGUCGUUGGUGACUCUAACGGUCAUGUCGGUCUCGGUGUAAAGUGUGCCAAGGAAGUUGCCACCGCCAUCUCUGGUGCCAUCAUUGCUGCCAAGCUCUCUGUCAUUCCAGUCCGUCGUGGUUACUGGGGCAACAAGCUCGGUGCUCCACACACUGUCCCAACCAAGAUCACCGGUAAGUGUGGUUCUGUCUCACUCCGUUUGGUCCCAGCACCACGUGGUACUGGUAUCGUUGCUGCCCGUACCCCAAAGGUACUUCUCCAAUACGCUGGUGUUGAGGAUGUUUAUACCUCCUCUUCCGGUAAGACUCGUACCAUGGAUAAAUUGGGCCCUUUGACUGAACAAGGCCCUCAGAUUCACUAUUGUCCUUACCUUUGGUUUGAAUUAAUUCAAACCUGUUCGAAAAGUGGAAAAUAUUGUUAUAAACAAAACUGUUUGAUGGUUAGACUUGAUACAUUUAUUUCUUCAAUUGGACAAGAAUACAUGAACAAGUUGGGCAAAACCAAUUUGUCAAAUUAA